CAGUCAGUCCGUCGUUAGCUGUCUAUAUUUAAAUCAGGGAGGCGGCCGGGCCAACUGCUGCUCUUCAAGCAGCUCACAGACAGUUCCUCUAAGUUUUCCUCUCCUGGUCUGGUGUAGUUUUCUCUUCUAACAGAAUCCUGGGCCAAGUGGAUCACUCUGUCCUGUCCCUGUUCAUGUGGCUCUGAGACAGAGAGACAGAGUCAGGAGGACAGAGAGAGAGGGAAGAGGGUGGAGACAGAAGAGAAGAGAGCACAGAAUAGAGAACCUAAGGAUUGUGGAAGUUCUGGAACUAAGUGGGGCCACAGUGGAGUCACAACACAGAGUUGUGUAGCAGAUACCUCCGUUUCUGGAAUAUUUGGUGGUGAUUAGAGGAGAGGACGUAUCUUUCCCGGAUAUAGAAGCUUCCUCCCGGGCGGGACAGGAGGACAGUAUGGCGGCCAACGGUGAGCCGGCGAUGGCUGCGUUGACAUCGUUCAUCAUGAACGAAGAGGAGCUAAAGAGGAAGCAGAGGGAGAAGUUGAAGAAGAUGCAGGCGACGGGGGGUAACCCUCGCCCCGCCCGAUCCCUCUUCUUCUUCACCCUCCAAAACCCCUUCAGAAAAGCCUGCAUUAACAUCGUAGAGUGGAAACCGUUUGAGAUCAUCGUCCUGCUGACCAUCUUUGCCAACUGUGUGGCCUUGGCUGUGUAUCUACCCAUGCCUGAAGACGACAACAACGCUACCAACACCAGCCUGGAGAGUCUGGAGUAUAUCUUCCUGGUGAUCUUUACGUUAGAGUGCUUUCUGAAGAUAAUAGCGUACGGCUUUAUAUUCCACGAGGGAGCCUAUCUACGGAACGCUUGGAACUUACUGGACUUUGUCAUCGUCUUCAUGGGCCUCUUCACCAUCGCCCUGGACACCAUAAACUAUCUAGCAGGCAUUCAAAUGGAGAAAGGAGGAGGGUUCGAUAUGAAGGCCCUCCGAGCGUUCAGGGUGCUCAGGCCCCUACGUCUCGUAACAGGAGUCCCCAGCCUGCAGGUGGUGAUGAACUCUAUCCUGAAGGCCAUGCUUCCCCUGCUGCACAUCGGCCUGCUGGUCUUCUUCAUGGUCACUAUCUACGCCAUCGUAGGUCUGGAGCUCUUCAAGUGUAAGAUGCACAAGACCUGCUACUGGACCGGCACAGACAUCAUGGCUACAUUAGAGAACGAGAGGCCCGCCCCCUGUGCCCAGGCCGGUAACGGGCGCCGCUGCCUCCUCAACGGGACAGAGUGUCGUUCAGGCUGGGCGGGGCCAAACUUCGGCAUCACCCACUUUGACAACUUUGGUUUCGCCAUGCUCACCGUCUUCCAGUCUAUCACUAUGGAGGGCUGGACCGAUGUGCUCUACUGGGUGAACGAUGCCAUAGGGAACGAGUGGCCCUGGCUCUACUUCGUGACUCUGAUCCUAAUUGGAUCCUUCUUCGUACUCAAUCUGGUCCUGGGUGUUCUCAGUGGAGAGUUCACAAAGGAGAGAGAGAAGGCUAAGUCCCGAGGGGAGUUCCAGAAGUUGAGGGAGACCCAGCAGCUGGAUGAGGACCUGAAGGGCUACAUGGAGUGGAUCACUCAGGCUGAGGUCCUAGACAACGACCAGGAGGGGAAAGGACUCCUGCCUUUGACGGAGGCAGACACAGACAGUCUGAUAGGGCUGGAGAGCGAGAGCCGGGUGGUGUACUACUAUCGUCUGGCUCGUCGCUGGAACCGGUUCUUCAGGAUGAAGUGUCUCGUCUAUGUAAAAUCUAAGAAAUUCUAUUGGUCGGUGAUUCUGGUGGUCUUCCUAAACACUGUUGCCAUCGCUAGUGAACAUCACCACCAGUCAGACAUGCUUACUACUCUACAAGAUAAUGCCAACAAGGUGCUGCUGACCCUGUUUGCGUUGGAGAUGUUUGUGAAGAUGUACGCUCUGGGCCUGCUUCAAUACUUCUUGUCGCUGUUCAACCGAUUCGACUGCUUCGUGGUGAGUGUUGGCAUCCUCGAGAUCAUCCUGGUCACUGCUGACGUUAUGUCCCCUCUCGGCAUCUCUGUCCUCCGCUGCAUCCGCCUGCUGAGACUGCUCAAGGUCACCAAGUAUUGGACCUCCCUCAGUAACCUGGUUGCCUCCCUGCUAAACUCAGUCCGUUCCAUCGCCUCUCUGCUCCUCCUCCUCUUCCUCUUCAUCGUCAUCUUCUCCCUGCUGGGCAUGCAGGUGUUCGGGGGGAAGUUUAACUUCCCAGACCAGGAGAUCAGACGCAGUAACUUUGACAACUUCCCCCAUGCUCUCAUCAGUGUCUUCCAGGUUCUGACAGGAGAGGACUGGAACUCCAUCAUGUAUAAUGGUAUCAUGGCUUACGGUGGACCAGUCUUCCCUGGCAUCCUAGUCAGCAUCUACUUCAUCAUCCUCUUCACCUGUGGAAACUACAUCCUCCUCAACGUGUUCCUGGCCAUCGCUGUUGACAACCUGGCAGAGGCAGAGAGCCUGACGGCCGCGCAGAAAGACAAAGCAGAGGAGAGGAAGAGGAGGAAACUGCUCAGGGCCAACAUGCCAGACAAGGCUGAUGAGGAGAAGGUUCUGCUGGCUAAGAAACUGGCUGAACAGAGGGCUAAGAUAGAGGGGAUUCCCACCACUGCUAAGCUGAAAGUAGAUGAGUUUGAAUCCAGCGUGAAUGAAGUGAAGGAUCCCUUCCCUCCUGCAGACUUCCCAGGUGAUGACGAGGAGGAGGAGCCUGCUAUCCCUGAGAGCCCACGGCCUCGACCAAUGGCUGACCUCCAGCUGAAAGAGGAAGAGGUUCCUAUGCCUGAGACCUACUCCUUCUUUAUCUUCGGACCGGAGAACAAGUUUCGUAAGCUGUGUCAUAGGAUCGUCAAUGCCACCCCCUUCACCAACUUCAUCCUGCUCUUCAUCCUCCUCAGUAGUAUAUCACUGGCCGCUGAGGACCCCAUAGACCCCAAGUCAUUCAGGAAUAAGGUUUUGGCUUAUGCUGAUAUCGUCUUCACCACUGUGUUCACCAUUGAGAUUGUGCUGAAGAUGACGGUGUACGGAGCCUUCCUACAUCCAGGCUCUUUCUGCCGUAACUCCUUCAACAUGCUGGACCUGCUGGUGGUGGCCGUGUCUCUGUUGUCCAUGGGAAUGGAGUCCAGUGCCAUCUCAGUGGUGAAGAUUCUCAGGGUGUUGAGGGUGCUGAGGCCUCUAAGGGCAAUCAACCGAGCCAAGGGCCUGAAGCAUGUGGUCCAGUGUGUGUUUGUAGCCAUCAAAACCAUCGGCAACAUCGUCCUGGUCACCAUGCUGCUAGACUUCAUGUUCUCCUGCAUAGGGGUCCAGCUCUUCAAGGGUAAAUUCUACACUUGCUCAGACCCCUCCAAAAUGACGGAGGUCACGUGCCAGGGUAUGUUCCUGAAGCACCAGGAGAAUAGUCUUCAGGAGAUGGUGUUGGCCCCCAGGGAGUGGAUCAACAGUGACUUUAACUUUGACAACGUCCUCAACGGCAUGCUGGCUCUGUUCACCGUGUCCACGUUCGAAGGGUGGCCACAGCUGUUGUAUAAGGCCAUAGACUCAGACAGGGAGGAUAUGGGCCCAGUCUACAACAACCGUGUGGAUAUCUCCAUCUUCUUCAUCGUCUACCUCAUCCUCAUCGCCUUCUUCAUGAUGAACAUCUUCGUCGGCUUCGUCAUCGUCACCUUCCAGGAGCAGGGAGAGUCUGAGUAUAAGAACUGUGAGCUCGACAAGAACCAGCGUCAGUGUGUGCAGUAUGCUCUGAAGGCCAAGCCUCUGCGGUGCUACAUCCCUAAGAACCACUAUCAGUACAAUGUGUGGUACAUAGUCACCUCCUGCUACUUUGAGUAUGCCAUGUUCUUCCUCAUCAUGCUCAAUACACUGUGUCUCGGCAUGCAGCACUGUAACCAGUCAGACCAUGUGACCAAGCUGUCUGACACUUUGAACAUGAUCUUCACUGUCCUCUUCACCGUGGAGAUGAUCCUCAAACUCAUGGCCUUCAAAGCUAAGGGCUACUUUGGAGACCCAUGGAACGUGUUUGACUUCCUCAUCGUCAUCGGCAGUGUUGUCGAUGUCAUCCUGAGUGAGGUGGAUAAACACAAACUCCUGGCUCCACAGCAGCAGGCUGUGGGAAGCAGCACUAGUUCACAGCAGGACCUGGAGACAAACCCUAUGCAGGCCAUUGCACAUUCUGAGAAUGCCAGAGUGUCCAUCACGUUCUUCCGUCUGUUCCGUGUGAUGCGUCUGGUCAAACUACUAAACAGGUCAGAGGGCAUCCGCAACCUACUGUGGACCUUCAUCAAGUCCUUCCAGGCUCUGCCUUACGUGGCUCUCCUGAUCAUCAUGCUCUUCUUCAUCUACGCAGUCAUCGGGAUGCAGGUGUUUGGGAAGAUAGCCUUAGUGGACGGCACACAGAUCAACCGCAACAACAACUUCCAGACAUUCCCCCAAGCUGUCCUGCUGCUUUUCCGUUGUGCAACAGGAGAGGCGUGGCAGGAAGUGAUGGUGGCCAGUAUGUAUGGCAAGAAGUGUGACCCCAAGUCUGACUUCCUACCUGGGGAGGAGUACACCUGUGGGGCCAGCUUCGCUGUCUUCUACUUUAUGUCCUUCUAUAUGCUGUGUGCCUUCCUGAUUAUCAACUUAUUUGUGGCUGUGAUCAUGGACAACUUUGACUACCUGACACGUGAUUGGUCCAUCCUGGGUCCUCAUCAUCUGGAUGAGUUCAAGAAGAUCUGGGCCGAGUAUGACCCGAAUGCCACGGGGCGUAUAAAACAUCUGGACGUGGUAACACUAUUACGACGGAUCCAGCCUCCGCUAGGCUUUGGGAAAUUCUGUCCGCAUCGCUCAGCCUGCAAGCGUUUAAUAUCCAUGAACAUGCCCCUGAACAGCGAUGGCACAGUCACCUUCAAUGCCACUCUGUUUGCCCUGGUCAGGACUGCCCUCAAGAUCAAGACUGAAGGUGUCGAAGGUAACUUUGAGCAGGCUAAUGAAGAGUUAAGAGCCAUUAUAAAGAAAAUCUGGAAACGCACCAGUAUGAAACUGCUGGACCAGGUCAUCCCACCAAUUGGAGAUGACGAGGUGACGGUGGGAAAAUUCUACGCCACCUUCCUGAUCCAGGAUCAUUUCCGUAAGUUUAUGAAGCGUCAAGAGGAGUACUAUGGCUACCGGCCCACCAAGAAGAGUGCUAAUGGGAGUGCUCCAGAGAUGCAGGCUGGUCUGAGGAGUAUAGAGGAGGAGGCAGCUCCAGAGCUCCACAGGGCCAUCUCAGGAGACCUUCUGAAUGAGGAGGAGAUGGAAAGAGCCAUGGAGGACUCUCUGGAGGAAGGCAUCUACAGGCGCCAGGGUGGUCUGUUCGGGGACCAUUCAGACCCGUUCUCCACAGAAAUCAGCAGUGUCCUGCCCUCCCACAUGGCUAGCCAACGUCCCCUACAUUUAUCAGAGAGCCGCCCCGAGGAGGCUGAGUCGCCCAUCAGUCGCUCAGACUCAGUCUUCCUCCCCAAUACAGAGUUCUUUCCCAUGACCCCCACCAAACACAACAGCAACAACAACGCGUUUUCUUAUGAGAGAGAGGAGAGUCCAAAAGUGACCAGACACCAUUCCAGAGUGAACACAGAGCGCAGCUCUCCAGAUAACAGACACUUACCUGAGAUCAGUGAGAAACCAAUCAGAACAGACAUCACUCAGUUCCCCUAUGACCCCAACUACGGUGAGAGCCAGUCUCUCCCCAACUGUUCCCAAGCUAAAGGGGAAGCUACAGAGGAAGCUGUAGGAGCCACAGGAGGCUCUGUUUCUGCACCUGCCGCUGACCAGCUGAUCAAAGAGGUCUUAGUGGUUGGUGGUCUUGGCGACCUGGCCAAUGACGAUUCAUUUGUGGUGGUGACUCGUAAUGAAAUGGCUGAGGCGUUGCGCAUGCCCAUGUCCCACUUUGAAGACGUGGCCCUGGGCCUCCUCAACGGGCGCAGCGGCCGUGCCACCUCUGCCACAAGAAAGAAGAGCCCCAUCCCUGUACCCCCCUCCAUCCCCGCCCGGCCCUCUAGGGCUACAGCACUGAAUCCGAAACCCCAGGAGCAGAGAAAGAAGCACCCAAUCCCCCCCUUUAAACAACACCAGAUGGGGGAAGAGGCAGACACCAAAGUGUAGAGAGCCUGUCAUCGGAGUGCCAUGAUGACAGUGGCGUUAUCUUGUGACAUAUGACAUGACACUUGACUUGACAAGGCUGUGUUGUAGUUGGUGACAUCACACACUCACAGCGUUAACAAAUCCUGAUUAGUUGCCAUGGAGAUGAGAUCAAUCCACUAACCAUAGUUUCCAAUGGAGACUGGAGGAAAUAGGCCCACUAACCAGGGUUGAUGGCCGAGUUACUAGGCUCUAGCUGGUUGGCUGUUCAGGUUUUAACAUGUUAUUCCACUGUGGUUGAUUCUUGUCAAUUCUGAUUCAAUUCUUGAAUCAGAUUCAUGAUUCUUAUGGAAAACUAACCAACAAAGGAAAAGCAAUGUUCUGCUACAGUAAUACAUAUUAAUCUUCUCAGUUCCGACAUAUUUAUAAUAACACAAAAUAAAAAAAGAACUUAUCACAGAGUG